CCACCAGGUAAAUUCAUACUAUUUUUACGAUACCUACCUACCUAUAAAUUUAUUUGAAGUUUACGUAUAAAUUUUUGCCAUUUACCUGCGUAAAGAUAAAAGUAGGUUCACAAGUUCACAUGUGUGAUGAAAUUAUUUAAUUCACACUAAACUGAGCAACUAAGUACACUUACCUAUCUGAAAUUUGAUGUGUAUUUUCCACCAAACAAUCUCAGUAAAGGUAGAAAGAAUGUGCUUUUAAACACCUAAACUUAAACAAAUAUUUAUGGCCGGGCUCUAUCUAAUUUUUCAUUGAGAUAGCCGGAUGGCAGAUACACACCAAUGUCUGUAAUGACACAAUGUACUACAUAUGUACUGUACCCAGGUAUACUCAAUACUCACUAGAUUAUCCACUCAACUACCUGUGUACCUUUCGAGUAGAUGAUUACAGCAUUGACAGAAAAAUAAGCUUGAAUAUAUGAAAAAUUCCUCUCAUUCAUUUUGGAGCAGCUGAGCAGCUAAAGAAUUGAUCAAGAUGCUUAAACGUCAUGUGCUUUGGCUGAUGGUGGUAUUCCUGCUUAUCAGCAACACCUUGGUCACAUUGAGUAUCAGCAUAGCUAUUGUAUCCAUGGUAAAUACACGUAACACCACCAACAGUUCAACCAACGCUGUAUCUGAAAAUUCAGUUCAUGUCGUUUGUCCUCACACGGAUUUUUUUCUAAGAGAAUACAUAAGCAGUGCAAAUUCAUCUGGGUUUUUGUCGUCAAGCACGAAUAUUUCUCAAAACAAUGCAGAAGUACGAAGAGAAGGAUUCGACUGGACGGAAGCUGAACAGAAUAUGGUACUGUCGGGAUUCUUUCGAUUGAAUUAUUUAUCAAUUUUGGCCGGUGGUGUCUUGGCCCAAAAGUAUGGAUCAAAACUAGUCGUAGGAUAUACGCAGUUUACCAUUUCGGUAUUGUGUUCUUUGAUCCCCUUUGCUGCUGAGUACGGAUCGGAAAUAGUGUCCUGGGUUAGAGCAGUACAAGGAUUGUUAUCGUCAAUUGCUGCACCAACAGCGGUGUUUACAAUUAUUGGAAACUGGAGUCCACCUCAAGAACGUGGUAAAUUUGGAGCUACAUUCAUGGUUGGAAUAUCACUUGGUGAAGCUUUGGGUAGCUUUUUAUUUGGAUACAUUGGGGAAUACAUGCACUGGAAGUAUAUUUUUCAUUUCACCAGUAUUUGUGGAAUUAUUUGGAGUAUAUUGUGGUAUUUUUUGAUUCACGAUUCACCUAAGCAACAUCCUACAAUUUCGACUUUGGAAAAGGAGUACAUUGAAAGUAGCUUAAAAGCGAGCUCGCAUAAGAUUAAGGCGUCCAUCCCUUGGAGACAUAUUAUUACCAGUGUACCAUUCAUCAUUUGUGUAUUGUCUGUGAAUUCUGCAAUGUGGGCCUUCGUAAUGUUGAAUACAUAUUCACCUCUUUAUUUGAAGACCAUUUACGGGAUGAAUUCGAAUGAAAUUGGAAUCAUUUCGAGUGUUCCGUUCAUUUCAACGAUCGUCGUUGCCCUGGGAAUAGCUCAUUAUAGCGAUUUAUUUGUUAAAAAAAAAUGGCUAAGCAUGACAAGUAUGAGAAAGAUCUGUACAUUCUUAGGCUGUGUUGUGGCUGCAUUUCCAAUGAUAAUUAUUGCAUUUACCAAAUGUAAUCUUACUGUGGCCAUUCUUUCUAUGCUGUUCGUCUGCGUCGUGAGAGUAUUUGGUAAUUUUGGUGUUGUCUUGGGUGUUAUGGAUUUAAGUCCCAAGUUCUGCGGAGUUCUCGAAGGAAUAAUAGGAACAUUAUCAGCUGUUCACAUGUUUGCAUUUUCAACUGCUGUCAAUUAUUUCACCGAAAUUUGGGAUAUUGAAGAAAUGUGGAAAGUGUUGUUCUUGUUUACCGCAUUGUAUUGCAUGCUAACAAACAUGGUGUAUGUGAUUUUCGGCACGUCUGAAGAACAACCGUGGAAUUUUGAGAAAAACAUUCAUGAAAAACAUGAUUCAGACGCGAUAUUGAAAGAAUUGAAAACACUUGUGCAGAAAUAAUGCAAUGACAUAAAAUAAUCAAGUACACAUACCUACCUCAUAUUUUUUAGCAUAAUUUCAUCUUCUAUUGAAAAUCAAAUUUUUUCUGAAUAAAUAUUUUUUGCUCCUUUUAUUUGAAGCAUAGGCAACUUA